AACAGCUGAUUCCUGUCCAGAGUUCGGAGCGGUCCGGCGGGGCUUGCAGGUGGCAUGAUGGAGGCUUUUGUGCACUUCACCAACCAGACGCAGGGUCGGGAGCGACUCUUUCGAGCAACUCAGUACUCAUGCAUGCUGCUUAGCUAUAUUUUAGAGCGUAAGAGUCACCGAGAGAAAGUGGUUAUGAAGCUCAGACUUCUGGAAUCAAGCAUGAGCUCAGGACGCAAGAUGUUUCGACUUGGCAAUAUUGUGCAUGCCAUGGUGGCCACCCAUCAAGCUUCCCAGUUGCCCUACGCCGUUCCUCGCUUCUGUCUGACAGCCUCCAAUGUGAACCGGGUGAUGUACUUCGCCUGUGACACCGUCUUGUGGGUGAAGAGCAUUGGGCUCCUCUCGGAGAUCAACCAGAAGAAGUGGCGCAACUGGGCGACCAAGUGCUACUACUAUUCCCUGGUGAUAAACCUGAUCAAGGAUUUUUAUGAGCUCUGCUGGCGCAUGAAGCAGACAGCGUGCAGCCAGAAGCCUGAAAAGGCCUUGACUCUUGGCAAGAAGAAGUUCCAAUUCCUUACCAACGGGGAGCUACAGACUUUCCUCCUGCUUGUGUUCUUCACAUUAAAGGACUAUCCACCCCUCUUGCUGGAUACGGUGAAGAACCUUUGUGACAUCUUCAGCCCGUUGGACCGUCUGGGCAUCUACAAGACCAACCCUGGAGUUAUAGGGUUGUGUGGUCUUAUCUCCUCCCUGGUGGGAAUCCUUACUGUGAUGAGGCCGCACUUACGGUUGAAACACUGAGGUUCUAUCAGGGCUUCCCUUUGGCACGGCGGCAUUUCACCCUUGGUGCAUAUUGGCUUCCCCUCUUUGAUGAUGGAGCUUGGUCCUCCCUACCCCUAGUAGCAAGGGACGCGGUGGCUCAGUGGCUAAGAUGCUGAACUUGUCUAUCAGAAAGAUCGGCAGUUCGGCGGU